AUGUCCGACGAUCUUGUUCAAGAAACUCUGAAGCGUACCCAUGAUGAUACUAACGGACCGGCCACCAAGCGAGCCCACAUCCACAAUCCCGAUGAUGACGACAGCGUCCAAGUAAAGGUGCUGAUUCCAUCCUCGGCCGUCGGUGCGAUCAUCGGAAAGGGAGGAGAAACGAUGCGCAACCUGAAGAACGACAGCAAGUGCCGCGUACAAAUGAGCCGAAACCAAGACACGUAUCCGGGAACGAACGAGCGAAUCUGCUUGGUCAAAGGCAAGGUCAGCCAAGUGAUGAUGGUCGUCGAGGCGCUCACAGAGAAGAUCCGCGAAAAGGUUGAAGGAUCUGUUCGCGACCCCUUCGACCACAAGGAUGUCCCUCGUGCUCAAGAAGUGAAGCUGCUCAUGCCGAACACUUCCGCUGGAAUGGUCAUUGGAAAGGCCGGUGCGAGUAUCAAGGAAAUCCGUGAAGGUUCCGGAUGUCAAAUUCAGGUCUUCCCGAAAGCCGGCAGCGUUGAGGCGAAAAACUCCCUGGAACGUGUCGUUACGGUUGCCCAUGAAGACACCGAGAAACUGAUGGAGGCCGUUCAAAAGGUCCUGGAAAAGGUUGCCGCUGACCCGAUGCACGCCCAAUAUACCGAGAAAGAGCACGACACUUUCAGCUCGGGAGGCGGAACUGGAGCCAACAGCUUCUCCAGCCAAGCGCAGCCUGGGUUCAACUCUAGCAAGUUCAAUGGUUCAUCGUCCAGCGCGAGUUACCAAUUCAACCCGAUGCAGAACCUUGGAAACACCGAGCUAUUGCAAUUCCUGGACAGCCUGCAAUCUACCCUUCGCUCGUCCGGCUUCAAUGAGGCUGCCGUGGCUGAGGUCAUGCAAGCCAUGCAGAUUUUGGCCAAGUAUAACAUCAUGGGCCUUGGCCUUGGACUCGGCGUUGCUGCUAUGGCUCAAAUGAGGGGCGGCACUGAAGGCGGUGGCUUCUCGCAGUCGAAUGCUUUUGGUGGAAGCAACAACACCUUGGAUCAAUCCUUCAACACCAGCCACGGGGGCCAAGCCGGCGGCCAAUGCUGGGGAUACAGUGCCUCUCAGAUGGGGCAGCAACAAAAUACGACGCUUGCUCGUUUGAGUAACGUAGAGGCAGGCGGUCAUGCCGCAACGGUCAUGAACAAGAUCGAUGGGAGAGAGGAGAAUCAGCUCGACAUAGAGGUUCCGGACUCAUGCGUUGGCGCCAUUCUCGGCACGAGGGCCCGCACCCUCAUUGACAUCCAACAGCAGAGUGGCGCUAAAAUCACCGUGCACAAGCGCGGGGAGGAGCCCUUCCCUCUUCACGAUGGCUUGCGUCUUAUUAGUCUAACUGGCGAUCCUGAACAGCGACGCGCCGGACGUUUGCUUAUUGAACGUGUAAUCAACGAUAACUUCAAUCGUCGUCAAGUCUCU